AUGAAGACUCCAGGAGAAGCAUCGCAGACUCUGGUGUUAGCAUCGCAGACUCUGGUGUUAGCAUCGCAGACUCUGGUGUUAGCAUCACAGACUCUGGUGUUAGCAUCACAGACUCUGGUGUUAGCAUCACAGACUCUGGUGUUAGCAUCACAGACUCUGGUGUUAGCAUCACAGACUCUGGUGUUAGCAUCACAGACUCUGGUGUUAGCAUCCAUAGACUCUGGUGUUAGCAUCACAGACUCUGGUGUUAGCAUCACAGACUCUGGUGUUAGCAUCACAGACUCUGGUGUUAGCAUCACAGACUCUGGUGUUAGCAUCACAGACUCUGGUGUUAGACUCUGCAUCACAGACUCUGGUGUUAGCAUCAUAGACUCUGGUGUUAGCAUCAUAGACUCUGGUGUUAGCAUCACAGACUCUGGUGUUAGCAUCAUAGACUCUGGUGUUAGCAUCAUAGACUCUGGUGUUAGCAUCACAGACUCUGGUGUUAGCAUCACAGACUCUGGUGUUAGCAUCAUAGACUCUGGUGUUAGCAUCACAGACUCUGGUGUUAGCAUCACAGACUCUGGUGUUAGCAUCACAGACUCUGGUGUUAGCAUCACAGACUCUGGUGUUAGCAUCGCAGACUCUGGUGUUAGCAUCACAGACUCUGGUGUUAGCAUCACAGACUCUGGUGUUAGCAUCACAGACUCUGGUGUUAGCAUCACAGACUCUGGUGUUAGCAUCACAGACUCUGGUGUUAGCAUCAUAGACUCUGGUGUUAGCAUCACAGACUCUGGUGUUAGCAUCACAGACUCUGGUGUUAGCAUCACAGACUCUGGUGUUAGCAUCAUAGACUCUGGUGUUAGCAUCAUAGACUCUGGUGUUAGCAUCACAGACUCUGGUGUUAGCAUCAUAGACUCUGGUGUUAGCAUGAAGGUGCAGUGCGUGGGGCUGAUGUCCAGGCCUGGUAACGAUGGGGUGCCAGGUCCUGAGCACUUCCAGCUGCUUGAGAAGGAUUUAUCAACAGAUUUAGAAGAAGGAGAGGUGCUGGUGCGGACUCUCUACCUGUCUGUGGACCCGUAUAUGCGAUGUCGUAUGAACCAUGAGACGGGGGCUGAGUAUCUGGCGCCCUGGCCGCUCCACGCCUCCGCAGAGGGGGGAGGUGUGGGGGAGGUGGUGAGGAGCCGGAGCAGCUCUGUGGAGGAGCGAGCCCUGGUCACCUCCUUCACCUGGCCCUGGCAGACGUACGCUGUGAUGCAGGGAGAGAGGCUACAGCAGAACUGGAGGCCGGUGUCGCUGCUCUGCAUGGACUACAAGAUCCUGUCCAAGGUGUUGGCGUCCCGGCUGAGAGGGGUCAUGGCCUCGGUCAUCCACGUGGACCAGACGUACUGUGUGCCCAGCAGGCUCAUAGGGGAUAACAUCACCCUGAUCAGAGAGGUUUUGGAGGUCUCCGGCUCAUUGGGAAUCAACCUGGGACUGAUUUCCAUAGACCAGGAAAAGGCGUUUGACCGGGUUGAACACCAGUACCUCUGGCAGACCAUGACUGCCUUUGGGUUCAGCCCUGGGUUCAUCGCCCACAUCCGGACUCUGUAUUGUGACGUCAUGAGUGUACUGAAGGUGAAUGGGGGGCUCAGUGCUCCGUUCAGUGUGGGGAGGGGCAUCAGGCAGGGCUGCUCUCUGUCUGGGAUGCUCUACUCCCUCUCCAUCGAGCCCCUUCUGCAUCGGCUCAGAGCUGACCUGCAGGGGGUUCUGCUGCCUGGAGCACGACCAUUUAAGGUCUCUGCGUACGCAGAUGAUCUUAUUGUGUUCGUUAACAGCCAGAGGGAUGUGGAGGUCCUGGCUGACACAGUGCAGGUCUUUGGUCAGGUCUCCAGCUCCAGGGUGAACUGGAGCAAGAGCUCGGCCACUCUGCUCGGGGAGGACCUGAGGGGUCUCAGCCUGCCUGGGGGACUGGUGAACAGGGCUGUGGGGGAGGGCUGUCCCUUCUGUGGGGAGAGGGAGACAGUGUUCCACUGCUUCUGGGAGUGUGGGAGGCUCAGGCACAUGCUGGAGCUGCUGAGGGGCCUCUUCACUUCACUGGGGGCAGAGUUUAGUGCUCAGGUGUUUGUGGGGGGGGGUCAGGCCAAGAUGGCCGUCUAUGUGAGCAGGAGGAGGAUGGUCCAGGACCAGGGUGAGAUCAGUCCCAGGGCUCUGCUGGUCCGGAUGGUCCAGGCCAGACUCAGGCUGGAGUUCGGUCUCUACAGGAUAAAUGGGGAUCAGGAGGGGUUUGAGGAGCGCUGGGGGUUCAGGGAGGUGGACCCGUCCCUGGUAGGUGACCAUGUGUCCUACCUGCUGGGUGCUGUGGGGAUGCCUGGUCUCACGUCUCUGUUCGGGGUUCGGGACAAAGGUCAUGUGACCAGAGGACAGACCAUGGUGGUCAGUGGAGCGGCCGGCGCCUGCGGCUCCAUCGCAGGACAGAUUGGCCGUCUGGAUGGCUGCUCCUCUGUGGUUGGUAUCUGUGGUUCUAGUGAGAAGUGUAAGGUGGUGGUGGAGAGACUGGGGUUCACUGCAGCCAUAAACUACAGGGAGGAGGUGGUGGAGGAGGUGCUGAAGAGGUGCUGUCCUCAGGGAGUCCACCUGUACUUCGACAACGUGGGCGGAGCCAUCAGCGAUGACGUCAUCGCACAGAUGUGUGUGGGGGGGCGGGUGGUCCUGUGUGGGCAGAUCUCUCAGUAUAACAGGGAUGUGCCGUACCCCCCCCCGCUGAGUGAGAGGACGCAGCAGAUCCUGAGGGACAGGACCAUCGUCCGUGAGCGCUUCAUGGUCCUGAACUACAGUGACCGGUUCAGGUCUGGACUGACCGAGCUGAGCCACAUGGUCCACAGCGGGGACCUGCAGGUUUUGGAGACAGUGGUGAACGGCAUCGAGAAUAUGGGAGCUGCCUUCUGCUCGAUGAUGAAAGGAGGAAACGUCGGCAAAAUGAUCGUCAAGAUUUCAGACUGA